AUGCUGGCCUUGUUAGUUAACGUUUUGUCGAUAACACUUGAAGUCUUAUCGUACUUAUUUGAUGCAAUCCUCUUCAUUCCCUAUUACUUUUUUGACAACCAUGCUGAAAUUAUGACAAAGACCAAACAGGCAAAGGCUAAGCCUUUGGUGGAAAAUGACUCAAGCAGUCCCUAUAGAUCAUUGGAAGUGUAUGACGGAUUGUUGACAACUCCAGUGCCAGAUUGUAGAACCAUUACAGAUUUGUUUGACUACGCUGUCAAGAAGUUUGCUGAUGUUGAGACCUUGGGUACCAGGGAGUUGCUCUAUGAGGAGGAAGAAAAACAACCAAAUGGAAAAUUUUUCAGCAAAGCCAUUUAUGGUGAUUAUAAAUGGUUGACAUACAAACGUGUCCAAACUCUGGUUGAGGACUUUGGCUGUGGUCUGGUUCAAUUGGAUCCAAGUUCAACUGUUUGCAUAUUUGCAGACACCUGUGCUGGCUGGCUCAUUUCUGCCUUUGCAUGUUUCAAGUAUAAUGUGCCAUUGACUACGUUGUAUCCGACACUCGGAGAAGAUGCAAUCAAACAUGGUCUGAAUGAAACUGAGGCCAGCAUACUCAUCACUACUGCUGAUGGAAUCAACAAGUUCAAGAAUGUUGUAAAAGAUUUGCCAAGCUUGAAGUACAUAAUUUUCAUUGAUGAUUUCUUCCUGAACCAUAACAAGAAACCAGCUUUGACAUCAUUUGAAGGCUCCCAAGUACAAGUUUUACCAUGGUCUAGAGUUAUGGACAACGCUCUAAUCAAAAGUCGUCGUCCAAAGCCAGAUGACUUGGCAAUCAUAAUGUACACUAGCGGUUCCACCGGCCAGCCUAAAGGUGUGUUAAUAUCUCAUAGAAACAUCUGCUGCAGUAUGGCUGCCUUUAUACACGCUCUUGGAAAUUUAAAUCCUUUGGACACCAUAGUUGCCUACCUGCCACUGGCCCACAUGCUUGAACUCAGUGCUGAGAUGUCCAGUUUUUUUGCAGGCGUCCACAUUGGUUACUCAUCUCCCAACACGCUCAACGACCAGUCUUCCAAAAUAAAGAAGGGAAACAGAGGUGACGUAUCCGUCCUGCAGCCCACACUCAUCGCCAUCGUGCCUGUUAUAAUGGAUCGUAUGUACAAAGCAGUUUGGGACAAAGUGAACCAAGGAAAUGAAUUUCAGAAACUCUUUUUCAAAUUUAUUUACAACUACAAGAGAAAGUGGUACCGAGCAGGCUAUCAAACCCCAUUAAUUGAUAGGUUGGUCUUCAAGAAGCUGAAGAGUUCGGUUGGUGACAAGUUGCGGUUGAUGGUUUCUGGAGGUGCCCCAAUCUCUGAUACAACGCAAGAGUUCAUGAACAUCUGUUUCUGCUGUCCAGUGCUUCAAGGAUACGGUCUCACUGAGACUUGUGGUGUUGGCUCCAUUCAACCACUUUAUGAACGUACAGCAGGCCGAGUUGGUCGUCCGUUGCUUUCCUGCGAAAUCAAAUUAGUUGAAUGGCCUGAAGGUGGAUAUUCUCCGAUGGAUAAGCCCAACCCUCGUGGCGAGAUAUGGAUAAGCGGAGCGAUGAUAUCAAUGGGAUACUACAAGAACCCUGAGAAAACAGCCGAAAGUUUCAAAGUGAUUGAUGGACAACGAUGGUUUGCGACUGGAGACAUUGGAUUGUUUGAGUCGGACGGAUGCCUGAGAAUUAUCGAUAGAAAGAAAGAUUUGGUGAAACUACAGGCAGGUGAGUACGUCUCUCUUGGAAAAGUUGAAACAGUUUUGAACCUGAGUCCUUACGUUGACAACAUCUGCCUGUGUGCUGACCCACUGAAGAACCACACUGUUGCUCUCAUCCUGCCUUACAGGAAGAACUUGAUUCAACUGGCUUCUGAAUUGGGACUAAUUCUCAAUGGUGGAGACAUUAGAAAGAUCUUCGACGAUGAAAGAAUAGUUGAGGCAGUUUUUAAAAAUCUGAAAGAGGUGGCCGCACAAGGAAAACUUGAAAAAUUUGAGACUCCCACAAGAAUCAAAUUGGUGAAAGAACUGUGGACAACUGACGCUGGAUUCGUGACGGAGGCCUUCAAACUGAAGAGAAAAUUCAUUGAGAGCUACUACAAGGAUGAUAUAAGGAAGUUGUAUGCCUAG